AUGAGUGAUAUAAGUCUUUUUCCUUUAGCAAACUCUGAAAUGGGUCUUGAGAUUUUCAGACCUUCAUCAAUGUUUCAGUCCAAACAAGAAGAUGGGUACUUAGGAAGGUUUCAUAGAAAAAACUUGUCUUUGAAGCUUGGUGAUGGUGUUGAACAAAAAACCUCUCUUUCUGUGAAAACUGGUUACUCCAAGCUUUGUUCUAGAGGCCAUUGGAGACCAGGUGAAGAUGCGAAACUCAAAGAGCUUGUUGCUGAAUAUGGACCUCAAAAUUGGAACUUGAUUGCAGAACAUCUUCAGGGAAGAUCAGGAAAAAGUUGCAGAUUAAGGUGGUUCAAUCAACUAGAUCCAAGGAUCAACAGAAGCACUUUUUCUGAGGAGGAAGAGGAGAGGCUUUUAGCUUCUCAUAAAAUGUAUGGUAACAAAUGGGCUAUGAUUGCCAGACUUUUUCCUGGAAGAACAGAUAAUGCAGUGAAGAAUCAUUGGCAUGUAAUCAUGGCUAGGAGGCAUAGGGAACAGUGUAGUGUGUAUAGAAGGAGAAAGCCACUUGUUGAAAGUCUUUCUAAGGGUUUGAAAUUGAGUCUUUCAAACAAUGCAGCUAGUGAUUCAACUUUGUCAAGUACUAUAGAUGGAAAUGCCUCAACUUGUACUAAUCUCUCACUCACUCCCUCUUCACUUAAACUAAGUCCUCAACUGUUUGAUAAGCUAGUCGCAAAUGUUCAAAAUCACCAAACCUAUGGAUCAUUAUUAGGCAAAUCUAGAGAAAGUGGUGUGGAAACUAGUUUUGACAAGUAUUUUGGAGGUUGUAAGAAGCAUGAAAAGUUAGAAAAGCUCAAAGUAAUGGAUGUGGUCCAAUCCAAUUAUUCAGAUUCAAACUCAUCAGAAGUAUCAGUAUCUGAGUCAGUUGGCACCAACAACAAUAGGUCCAAUAUCUCAAUUUCGGGUGAAAGUGUAAAUGUUGGCAUUAACAUGCUAGUACCACCACCAUUCAUUGAUUUUCUUGGAGUAGGAGCUAGCUAA